AUGACGCGAUUCGAUCGGUACCCAAAUGCAUACGCGUCCUUCUACCCCCUCGGGAGGCCCGUUCGCUCCGCCCACUAUAGUACGGUACUCCGCCGGUCCAAACCAGCACUUAUCUACAGUCCUGUACCCGACUCAGCAGAUAAACAACCACCGCCUCGCGGCACAAAAAAAGCCUCGAAUGGCGGCGGCUACUACGCCGGUGCUGCGGAGUCUCGCGAUAUCCCGCAGGGAACGAGGACUUGUGUAAACGAGAUUCUCUCAAAAGGCGCAUGA